AUGGAGAUUGGCUCGAAGAAUAACCGAAAGAGACAACGGUCUGAAAUUGGAGAAAUUGUAUCAACAUCAGUAGAAGCCACUGGGACUGAAUCAGCUCAAACUAAAAAGCGAGCACGAGUCGAGGAGCGCAGAUCAUUGUUCGUCCGUUCAUUGCCUGCAAAUGCCACGAAUGAGACCCUGGCGGAUUUUUUCUCUGAGCAUUUCCCUGUCAAGCAUGCCGUUGUCGUUGUCGACCAAAAAACCAAGGAAUCUAGAGGCUACGGUUUCGUUACGCUAGCAGAUUCGGACGAUGCUGUUGCAGCCAAGGACUCUUUGGAUAGAGCUGAGUGGGGAGGAAAGCGUAUUCGCAUCGAUAUCGCAGAGCCAAGGAAGCGAAACGCAGAAAACACUGGGGAGGCGGCUCCCGCCAAGCCUGGAAGGGAGGAAGUUCAAAAACCACCGAAACUGAUUGUAAGAAACCUUCCAUGGAGCAUCAAAACCUCUGAUCAACUAUCAAACCUGUUCAGAAGUUAUGGAAAGGUGAAAUUUGCCGACUUGCCACAGUCGAAAGGCAAGCUUCGAGGCUUUGGAUUCGUCACCAUCCGUGGCAGGAAGAAUGCAGAGAAAGCUUUAGAAGGAGUCAAUGGCAAGGAGCUUGACGGUCGUACAUUGGCAGUAGAUUGGGCUGUUGACAAGGAGACCUGGGAGCAACAGCAAGAAUUGGAGAGGGUGGACGAAGCGACUGCAGAGGAGAAGGACCAGGAGGAGAGUAAUGAGUUGGGUCUGGACAUGGGCGAGUCAAAUGACGCUGAUGACGACAAGAUUUCUGAGCCCGAACAGAAGGAUGGGCUGGAUGCAGAUCUCGAAAAUUUCAUGAAAAACCACAUGCAGAACAUGGAAGAUGAGGAAGAUGACGAUGACGAUGACGACGAUGACAUCCAACAAGGCGGCUUCAGCAAGCCAUCCCCUGGAAAGAAGACUACGGACAAUACAUCCACCGUCUUUAUUCGAAAUCUUCCAUUUACGACGACGGACGAGCAGCUCAAAGGAUUCUUCUCUCACUUCGGCAUUAUCCGCUACGCUCGAGUUGUCAUCGACAAGGUCACUGAAAAACCUGCUGGAACUGGCUUUGUUUGCUUUUUGAAGGAAGCUGAUGCCAAGUCGUGUAUCAAAGAGGCACCUCGGCCAAGCGCAUCAACUGCGGGGGUGAAGCCGUCACUCCUCUUGGACGAGAAUGCUGAUCCCAGCGGUAAAUAUACCCUUGAGGGCCGACUAUUACAAGUUGCUCAAGCCGUCAAUAAAGUGGAAGCCGCGAAUCUUGCAGAUAACUCGCUCGCCAAGCGUAGAGAAAAGGACAAGCGUCGCCUUUACCUGCUUUCUGAGGGGAAUAUUGGGAGAGGCUCUCCCCUAUUCGAUAUGCUCAGCCCUUCCGAAGUCCAGAUGCGCCAGACUAGUGCUGCGCAACGGAAAAAGCUUGUACAAAGCAAUCCUAGCCUGCAUAUUAGUCUCACAAGACUAGCACUGCGAAAUAUUCCGCGGAACAUCGGAAUGAAGGAGCUGAAGGAGCUUGCUAGAAAGGCUGUUGUCGGUUUUGCUGUGGAUGUGAAGGAAGGUCGUCGUCAACCCCUAUCCAAAGAAGAAAAUGCCAGGGAUGGCAAGGAUGCCAAAGAGAAAGAGCGUCAACGGAAAUUGAAGGGCAAAGGUAUUGUUCGACAAGCUAAGGUUGUUUUCGAGAGCAACCAGGGGUCGAAGGUUGACGAGACGAGCGGCGCUGGAAAGAGUCGUGGGUAUGGCUUCAUCGAGUAUACGUCACAUCAUUGGGCUCUCAUGGGAUUGCGCUACCUAAAUGGUUACCAGCUUCAAGGUGACAACGGAAGAAAACAGCGCCUAAUUGUGGAAUUCGCUAUUGAGAACGCAAAUGUUGUUCAACGGAGACGUGCCGCCGAGGAGAAGUCUGGCCAACCCCAAGGGCGCAAAGCUCAACCUGAAGCUGCGGAUAUGGGCGAGGUGGGACAGCCAAGGCUGCGAAGACAAGGCAAGGGAGUCAAGGACAAAAGCAGAGCGGCGCGAGGCGGUGACGAUGACGAUCAAGAGUCCGAGGCAAAGCGGGCCGCGGAUAUGCAACACAGGCUUAUUGCUCGUACGAGGCUGAUGCGGAAGAAGAAAGCGAACGCCCGUGGCAAGAAUUGA